GAAGGUAAAUAGAAAGCACAAAGCGGACGUUGUUGUCAAGUGUCAGUAGCUGCCAGCCGUUAGCUAAACACAUUUAGAAGAACAUGUCUUUACUUUUCUCCUCUUAAAGCCGUAGACAUUUACAAAACAACUCUGGAGGAAGCUGUCGCCUUGCUGGAACUCUACCUAGUUGUCAUGAUAAUCUCAUUCUCGUGGGCUAUCUAUUUUAUAUUCGUGUCGAAGCCGCUGUUAGCGAUGGGUCGAUGACACGCAGCCUGCACUGCACCACAGGACGGGCUGAGUCAACACACCGCCCAGCUGCUUCUGCUUCAAGAGGUGAAGAACAACACAAUGGAUUUCUCUAAGUUCCUGGAUGAUGAUUUCGAUGUGAAGGACUGGGUGAACGGAGCCUUCAAGGUGGUGCAGAAGGACGCGCCGGGCAAGGCGGACACACACGCCGCCACUCUGGUGAUGAAGCUGCAGCUCUUCAUCCAGGAAGUCAACAACUCAAUAGAGGAGAGCAGUAACCAGGCCCUCCAAAAUAUGCCCAGAGUGCUGCGAGACGUGGAGGCUUUGAAACAGGAAGCCUUCUUCCUCAAGGAGCAAAUGGUUCUCGUCAAAGAGGACAUCAAGAAGUUUGAGCAAGACACUGUGCAGUCUAUGCAGGUCCUGGUGGAGAUAGAUCAAGUGAAGAGCCGCAUGCAGUUGGCAGCUGAAGCUCUGCAGGAGGCAGACAAAUGGAGCACACUGAGUGCAGACAUUGAGGAGACCUUCAAAACACAGGACUUUGCAGUGAUUUCCUCCAAGCUGACCAGCAUGCAGAACAGCCUGGCCAUGCUGGUGGACACACCAGACUACUCUGAAAAGUGUGUCCACCUGGAGGCUCUGAAGAACAGACUGGAGGCCCUGGCCAGCCCUCAAAUAGUAGCAACCUUUAAUUCCAUGUCUAUGGACCAAGCCAAGCUGUUUGUCAAAGUCUUCACAGAGAUAGACAGAAUGCCACAGCUCCUUGCCUACUACUACAAGUGUCACAAGGGCCAGUUGGUGAGCAUGUGGCAGGAUCUCUCUCAGAGUGAGCUCAGUCUGAAUCAGCAGCUUUCUGAAUUCUACGACACCUUGCUCUCCUCGUGGCACUCUCAACUCCAGUGGAGCAGCCAGGUGUUCAAGAACCCAUACGAGGUGGUGACCGUGUUGCUGAUCCAAACUCUGGGCGCCAUGGUCCCAUCCAUCCCCGUGUGCUUGAGCUCAGCCGUGGAGCGGGCAGCCCAGGAGCAGCGCCUCGACACGCUGCUCGAACUCCACAACACCACGUCCACCUUCGGACACAGCCUGGAGGCCGCCAUGCUGCCGCAUCUGGGUGAGAAUAAUCUGCUGAAGGUGAACGAGCUGGUGUGCGCGCUGUAUGACCCCUACAAACCUUAUCAGCUACAGUACGGAGAUCUGGAGGAAGCUCACCUCCUCAUCCAGAUCAGUGCUGUACCUUUGGAACACGGAGAGGUCAUUGAUUGUGUGGAAGAGUUGAGCCACUCUGUUGGCAAGUUGUUUGGCCUGGCCGGCGCUGCCGUGGACCGCUGCGUCAAACUGACUGACGGACUGGCCGUGUGUGGCCUCCUCAAAGCCCUCAAAGCUCUCUUCACCAAGUAUGUGUCGGACUUCUCCACAACACUGCAGUCAAUCAGGAAGAAGUGUAAACUGGAGGAUACGCCGAGUGCAUCUGUUUUCCAGGAGGACUGGACGGCCUUCCAGAACUCUGUCAGGAUUAUCGCCACUUGUGGAGAACUGCUCAGACAGUGUGGAGCCUUUGAGCAGCAGCUGUCAAACAAGAUCCUGGGCACGGCAGGUAAGUACUUGUCAGAAUCGUACAGCCCACGCAGCCUGGCAGGCAUCCAGGAGGCCAGCUCCACAGAGAGGAAGAGCGCCACCAAGAACCCGUGGCAGGAAUACAACUACCUUCAGAGGGGAAAUAUGACUGAAUACAACAGCCUGAUGGAAGUCCUCUACUCCCUGAAGGAGAAGGGCACCGGUAACUCCAGCCUGCUAACAGAGCCCAGAGCAGCUCUGAUCAGACUCAACCAGCAGGCCAACCAGCUGGCUUUCGACUCCGUCUUCCUGCAAAUCAAACACCAGCUCUGCCUCGUAUCCAAGAUGGAGAGACAAGAGGAACCUGGUUUGGGAGAGCGCUACACAGAGGACCUGCCUACUUUCAGCCUGUCUCCACAAGAAUACAUUACAAAUAUAGGGCAGUACCUGAUGUCUCUGCCUCUCCACUUGGAGCCGUUUGUGACUCAGGAGGACCCGGCGCUAGAGAUGGCCCUGCAUGCUGGGAAGCUGCCUUUCCCUCCAGAGCAAGGCGAUGACCUUCCCGAGCUGGACAACACCGCAGACUACUGGCUGGGCUCCAUCGCUCGGGCAACCAUGCAGACCUACUGCGACGCCAUCAUGCUCAUUCCCCAACUGAGCACCCGUUCCACUAAACAGCUGGCCACGGAUAUCGACUAUCUGAGCAACGUGAUGGACGCUCUGGGCCUGCAGCCGUCCCGCGCCCUGCAGCACAUCGUCACCCUGCUGAGGGCCAAACCAGAAGACUACAGACAGACCACCAAGCUGCUGCCCCGCCGGCUGGCCUCCACCAUCGCCGCUGUCCGCUGCAUCGACUACUAACAGUGAGGGAGAGGAUUGGACUGUAGGUAUAGCGGCUCUCAGAGCAACACUGGGGGACUCGCAGGCAUGUUUGGAAAAUGAAGAAGAAUGUGAUAUCAGUAGUAGUUGGUUUACUUGUCAUUGAGUCCCUUUAAUCUCACAUUUGGGGCUGCAGCAUUUUAGGAUUCUAGUCCUGUCCAAAUGGCAUUUAUGGGAAUGUUAUAAGAUUGAAAUCAGGGUGGUUCAGACUUUUUUUAUACUGAUUAUUGUUGAAAUAAAGUGUGACUUUGAAUGAUCAACGGUUAUAAUGCCUUCAGACAAGCCAAAAGGUGGAAGUGUCUUGAUUAUACAUCUUUAAUUUCUGCAUUUUUUUUUUUUACGUUGCUAAAGCAUCUAAGGAAUUCAUCAGGGGAUGUGUGAGAGCAAUUUGAAGUCUACAUGACUGUUUGUUGAUUGAUUAUUUGUCAUACUAAUAUAACUCCUCUAUGAUAUUAAAUUAUAUUAAGGUAAUAUUUCUGAUAUGAGCUGUAUUGUUUUCUGUUAACGGAGCUUCACAUUCAGUUGACUUCAGCAGUAAAGGGAAAGGUGAGCUCUCUCUUUCUCUCCGGUUGUAGUAGGGGCUGGACAAGUAAUAUGAAUAGUCUCCCAUGUGGAUAUUUUUCCAUAUUUUUCCAUGCAGUAUCAUAAAAAUCUGUACAUAAUACAUUGACAUAAACACUAAAAAAAAUGGAGCCUAUUGUGUUACUUUUGAUCAAACUAUUUUUAUCCAUCAAAUAAAAUAGGAGGGUUGAAUGAGUUUGUUGUGUAAUCAAUCUAGUUUAAUAAAUGUAUGGCCUUUUCUGCUAAA